GCAAGAAGACAGGUUUUUGGUAUUUUAUAGGAUUAUUGUUGACGUCAUAUCGAGUCAACCUCCCAUCAUAAAAAAUUGAUCGUGCCUUCUUUUUUUCUUCCCAACUUGAUUGGUCAUAGUUGCCUAUUAAUUAACAAAUGUACCUAGGUAGGUAAGGAUUGAAUGAUAAAAAAGUCCAGUAAGGAAUAAUAUAAUUAAAAUUCAAACAAUUCUCAAUCGCUCCUGUUCAAAGAUGGAAAUCAACCUUCCUCGCAUCAUCGACGCCACAAUGCCGAAUCGUGGCGAUCGGAACAUUGGAAUUAUCUCAUCUAGCAACGGCUUUAACCAUAAUGAUCCUGGAUUCUUAUCUAACGACUUCCCUCAUUCGCCUCCCAAGUUAUACAUUACAGCAGAGAGUGACGAUUUUGAUGUACUUACAGUUAACGAAUGGAAGGAUGAAGGCUUCAAUGUCGAGUAUAUUUCCAUGGGAGAUGGGGGCAACGAGUAUCGGACGAAGUUGGAAUCGCUGAGUAGGACUGACUUGGGACCCUGUGAAACAUUCGGGAUAGUUGCCUAUGGCGAUGCUGCUAGUUUUUGCCUCGAGCACUUUCAUGUGCUUGACAAUAAUUCCGAGUUUAGGCUCAGCUGUCUCGUCGCCUAUUAUCCUACUCGCAUACCAGAUCCACGUACCAGGUUUCCCGGCGGCGUUCAUGUCCUCGUGCAUCUCGCUAGUGGCGAGGCUGUUGGCAUCGUGAAGCAGACGCAGAUGAUAGGAAUCCAGGGGAAGAAACGGGUCGUCAAAAGGACAAUAGAUCGAGGCAAAGGCGCUGGUGGUGUAUUGCAGAUGUCUUAUCCGGGUUACACCUAUGAUGCUACGCCCGGCUUCGCGGAACAUGAUCUAGACGAAUUCGAUAGGGUGAGCGCAGAACUUAGCUGGAGCAGAAGUUUGGCUACAGUACGAAGGGCAUUUCGUAAAGACGUAGACCUAGAGAAGACGGUUGAGCAGAACGUCGAAGGUAAAUUCUACGCACGCGAUCUGCAGCAGACGUUGUCCACCUACUCAACUCAUAAGAGUCCUCACGUAACUUAUGUUCCAACGUUAACAGGGGGCAUCGGUUCCGAAGAGCUCCAGAGGUUUUACUCUGAGUUUUUCCUUGAUCGGAACCCCCCAUCUGUGAAACUGAGUCUACUCUCACGUACAAUCGGUGCCGACCGUGUUGUGGAUGAGUUACACGUCGCGUUUAAACACACCCAAGAGAUGCCGUGGAUUCUUCCAGGAGUGCCGCCCACCAAUAAGAGAGUCGAGAUUCUAGUAGUGAGCAUCGUAACCCUGCGUGGAGGGCAGCUGUGCCAUGAACACGUCUACUGGGACCAAGCGAGUGUGCUAGUACAGAUUGGUCUAUUAGACCCAAAGGUUGUGCCAGUGAAAGCAAGAGAAAAGGGGCUCAAGAGACUGCCGGUUGUCGGAAAGGAGGCGGCUAGGCGCGUACAGCGAGGUUAUGACGAAGGCGACGAGGGCGAAGCUACGAAUGAGCUGAUAGCCGAGUGGAAUGACGAUAUUGAUGACGACGACGCUUAUAAUGAUGGAAACAAUAAUACUAGCAAGAAUGAAAAGAGCGAAGAGAAGGAGAGGAAGGAUGAGAAGCCGGAACAUUCGCGGGAGCGCGAGUUUGAGAAAGAGAGUCCAAGUCAGCCACCUAUCGAAGGCGAGAAGUCCGAAGCCAGUUAGCAGGAAACAAGCCCACGGCAUGAAACUAGGUACACAAUUUCCUUCGCUCAUUUCCAGUAGGUAUUGUACCUACCUGUCGCGCCGCCCACUGAGAUCUACCUACUAAGCCCACUAAGCCCUACGGAUUAUCCAGUAAGGAAAUUAAUAACCGUUGGUGGCUUAAAGACACGACACGAUCGGCGUGUGAACGACUCCGACAGCCGAUCAACCAAUCUGGAUACGUCUAAGGAUAAGACGCCAAGUUCUAGGGACGGCUGGGACG